UAAUUAAUUCUAUCAUAAGUGUCAUGCACAGGUGUCAUGGAAGACGGAUCCCGCGAAUAACCUUGUGGCGUUUUUCGGCAAUGUGUUUCACGUUCACUGGCUAUUCACUAUUUUCCGUUUAAUUAAUCUGUUUUGUGUUGUGCUAAAAUGGCACAACCUCUCGAGAGAAAUGACGUAGAUAUGUCCACAUCUGUGCCAUGCUGCCAAUGUGGAGUAAUCAUUGAGGCAAACCCAGCAAAUAUGUGCGUCGGAUGUCUGCGAGUUCAUGUGGACAUUACAGAGGGCAUAUCAGAUCAGGCAACUUUAUACUUUUGCAGAGGAUGCGAAAGAUAUCACCAGCCACCGUCUGAAUGGAUACAUUGCGCUCUUGAAUCUAGAGAGCUUUUAACAUUGUGCUUGAAACGACUUAAGGGCCUUAAUCGAGUCAAAUUGUUUGACGCCAGCUUUGUCUGGACUGAGCCCCACUCCAAGAGGAUUAAAGUCAAGCUGGUUAUUCACGCUGAAGUGAUGGGUGUUGUGCUGGAGAAGAGUUUCAUAGUGGAGUUCACCGUGAACCAUCAAAUGUGUGAUGAUUGCCAUCGAAGAGAAGCAAAAGAUUUCUGGAGAGCGUUGGUACAAGUGAGGCAAAGAGCCGAUAAUAAGAAGACAUUCUAUUACUUGGAGCAAUUGAUUUUGAAGCAUAAAGUUCACGAUAACGCAACGGAAAUCAAGCCAGUUCAUGGUGGCAUAGAUUUCUUUUUUGCCACGGAAGCCCACGCUAAAAAGAUGAUUGAUUUUCUAGUAACAGUUUUGCCUUGCAAGUAUCACCAUUCCAAGAAACUUAUAUCACACGACAUACAUAGUAAUAUUUACAACUACAAGUUUACAUAUUGCCUUGAGAUUGUUCCAAUAUCCAAAGACAGUGUUAUUUGCUUGCCCAAGAAAAUGACCCAAUCUUUGGGCGGUAUUUCACCUAUUUGUUUAGUAUAUCGCGUUACCAAUACGAUACAUUUGAUUGAUCCCUCCAGAGGACAAGUUGCCGAGGUGAAUAGCACGCAUUAUUGGCGAAGUCAAUUUAAUUCAAUAUGCAACCCGAAACAACUAGUGGAGUAUAUUGUAUUGGACAUUGAACCUAUAAUGGACAAAGAUCGAAAGUGUUUUCCAGGCCAAGGAAUGAUUUCUACUAAACACGUUUUGGCGGAUGUGUGGAUUGUGAAAGCAUCCGAGUUAGGAAUUACUACUGCUUCCAUACAUACCAGAACUCACUUGGGACAUAUUUUGAAACUAGGCGAUUGUGUUUUAGGAUACAACAUUGCCGAUACGAAUGUAAACGACCCUCAUUUCGACAAGUUGGAUAAAGCUACGGUUCCAGAUGUGAUUUUAGUUAAAAAGUCAUUUGACGACAGAGAAUCAAAAAGGAUGCGAAAGAGGAAUUGGAAGCUCAAAAGAUUGGCAGAUCACGAUGUUGAAAGUACUGACGGAAAUGAAUUUAAUGAGUUUAUGGAUGAUUUGGAAGAAGAUCCGGAGUUGCGACGAAACGUCAACAUUUUCAAAAAUUCAUUAUUUGCCGUGGAUACUGAUGACACUGAUUACGAUCCGAAUAAGCCAUGCAUAACUUUGGAUGAAAUGCUGGACGAUUUAACAGUAAAUGAUGUUGAAAUGACGGACUAAAUGCUGAUGAAUUGAUGUAAAGCCAUUUUUUUUUCAGUUUUUCUAACGGAUGGACAUUUGAAACGGUGCUGAUUUGAAUAGAACUCACUCGAUUAAAAUGUAAAUUGAAUUAUUAUUUGCCCAAAAUUGACUAAUGUUUCACCACAUUGGUGUCGUUCCGCAUUAUCCGAUUGAAUACUCACAAAUUGGACGUGAAGCAAACGUUGCUAUUCAACGCAAUUAUUCUGAAACCUGGUUUCACCAAUACUGUGUAAAAACCGCCUUGUUUUAUUGUGGUUUGUGCCGCAUUUGGUAGCCAUCUCGACCAUUCAUCUGCUACCAAGUCUAAUAACCAUUGAGUAGAAACAUUGGAACUUGUUGGAACGUCGUGUGGUGAGUAGCUACAAUAGGAAAGUAGAUUUUUAAAGUAAACUUAUCUGUUUCUUUAUGUUACCGUUGUAAAAGUACCUUUUAAAGCUAUAUUCUUUUGUGGUACUUAAGUUCAUUGCUUUUAAUUUUUAAAAUUUCGGACCUUUUUAAAGUGGAUCUGGAAAUGGGACAAGCGUUUGUAAAAUUGAACAAAUGUGCUUUUUAAAUUAGUUUCAUUUAGCUGUAGUUUUCUGAUGGAAAAAUAUGCGAAGUAGGUUUUGUUUUCGUACCGAAGUACACAUUUCCUGUUUAUUUUUGCACUGAAAUUCAGAAGUUCAUUUUGUUAAUGUUUAAAAGUUUUUUUGAAUUUGUAUGUUACUAAAUGCUUUUGUCUUUGUUUGCUUUAGUUAAUAAGCUCUAAAAUUUUCUACAAUUUGUUUUACUGGUUUCGCUCUUGGAAGAAAUAUAUGUAUGUAUGUAGGCAAAUUACAUCUUUGUGAGGUCACUCACUAAUAAGCUUCUGUGGAAUGAUGUUAUACAAAAACUAUAUGAGAGCAAUGAAAGUAAUAGUAUGUAUAAUUAUGCAUUCAAUUAAAUAUACUUACUCAAUAAA